GGUUCCGGGGGGGACGCACGCAGUGGUAUACACGGAGGAAUUCAAGUAAAGAAAGUUCAAAGGAGGAAAAAGUAACAGUCAGCCAAGAUCUUGAGAGCAGAUAUGCCGAACAUGUGGCCGCCACCCAAGCGCUACGCAGGGACGCGGGGACAGCAGCCUGGAAGGGCCAGGCGUUGCUUCCUGAAGCCAGGAAGAGACAACAGUUGUCAGACAUGCUAACCAUCCACGGCCUGCCCACAGAGGGUUACCGGGCUCUGUACCAUGCUGUGGUCGAGCCGAUGCUGUGGAACCCUUCGGGGACCCCCAAGAGGUACAGCUUGGAGCUGGGCAAGGCCAUCAAACAGAAGCUCUGGGAGGCUCUGUGCAGCCAGGCUGCCACCCCUGAAGGUGCUCAGAGGGACUCGUUGCCCGUCAGGAUGUGGCUGGAGGUCGACAAGGAGCCUGUGCCCAAGAAGUGGCCCAGGUUAAAGAGGGAGAAAUAGAAACAGGAUCGCACAGAUGAGGCUAUUCUCUGCUAGAUGUCUAAACAAUAAACACCACUUUGCACCUUUCCGGU